CUGUAAUAAGAGGAAGCGCAAUUUAAAAACACACUUGAACUUUCAUCUGUAGGGUGACGUUAGAGCUGACUGACUGUAACAUAUAACACCAUUUUAGUUGUUUACCAGUAGUGAGGAUGGAGAGGAGCGCAGGGACAAUUUUAGCGAUUAAAGCUUUAGGGUACUCUGGCGUUUCCUGCCUCAAGCGGUGUGAAUGUGACGAACUUCCCUGUCCUCUGCUCACCUGGCUGGCUACGGAGCUGAGGACUGUCUGUCCAGAGCUACAAGGUUACAUGACAGGCAACAUCUUGCUGGUGGGAGAGCUGAGACAUUUACUGUCAAACAUGUUCUGUCCCCUUACUGUGCUGACCUCAGAGGUGAUGGGGCCAUCUGUCCUCAACAAAGUCACUGAGUUCCUCGUGUCAGAAUUGCAUGCAGCACACUUAAUCAAGCUUAAAGAAUUGCAUUCUGAGGAGAAGACAGCAGAAGAGGAGUCCGAAAAAGAGCAGCGAGUCCACAGGCCUGAACUCACUGAGGAGUAUGAAGAAGAUGAUGUUUCUGACAAAGACCGAAGGACGGCAGAGAUUCAGGCAGAAUGGAUAUUACUGCUGCGUGCCCUCGACAUGGACACCUCCUCUCAAUUUACAGAUGUGUGCAAUGAGGUGAAGAUGAGAGUUGCUCGGCUACCAUGUGGAGACAUGCCAAAACCACUUCUUAACACCAGCCUCAGCGCAGAGCAGUGGGCGCAAGUUAAAAAGAUCAAUCAAGUUCUGUCAGAGGAGUAUGAGUGUCGGCGACAGAUGAUGACCAAACGCUUUCAGGUUACACUUGAGUCUUUUGCAUGGGGAGAAAAACAAAAGGAGCGCAGUGAAGCGCUGGCCUCGGUGGCUCCUCUUUCAUCGCUCGCCAGCUCUUCCCGAGUGUCCCCGUCUCUUCUGAUUGCUGCCAGAGAGGAUCAGUCCUUCAUUGAGUCAAUCAAGGCUGGAACAAGCACCCGUGUCUACAAGACUUUGAUGGGCAGUGUACCAGACAGAGGAGGAAGACCAGGGGAAAUUGAGCCACCUAUGCCAGUAUGGGAAGAACGAAGAGCAAAAGGACGAGGAAGUGGACACCACCAUCAACGACGUAAAUUUUCAGAUAAAAAGAAGAAAGGAAAAAAAGAGUGACAAGUCUUUCUCUUUGGCUUUACUGCUUUAAUAAGUGAUGAUUUUUUGUUAUUCAAAUCCUUAUUAUGAAAUAAAAUAUGGCUAUGGAAUGCUGUAUAUGAUAUAAUUUUAUGGUUAUAAAUGUGUCUGUAAUUCUUGGUUAUAGUAUAGUGUCAUUGCUAUAAAGUACUGGUUGAUGACCAGAUAUUUUCGUUAAAAGAGCAGAAGAGAAAAAUCAUUUUUGGCUUUGCACCUUUAUAUAUAGGUUUGUUUACUCAGUAAUAAACCUGUUAAACACA